AUGGAUCAGAGUCUGUCCUCCCCCCUGCAGGGAUGUUGUCUCCCCCAGCAGGAGUUUGACUUCAGCUUGUACAGUCCGCCGCCUCCUCCCGAGUCUGGCCCGCUAUCGUGGCAACCGCCGGCCACCCACAAGGACUCCUGGCUCACCGGCUCAGACCUGGACCUGGUCUGCAGGACACCUGGACUUCUACCAGAAAUCAACCAAGCGUACAGAGACUCCUUCCCCUUCUUGUCCGGCCCCCUGGCCGGCUCCUGGAGCUCCUGGGGCUCCCCGGACCGCCUGCUGAGCAUGGUCCGGCCGCCGUACUCCUACUCAGCCCUCAUCGCCAUGGCCAUCCAGAGUUCGCCGGAGCAGCGGCUGACGCUGAGCCAGAUCUACCAGUACGUCUCCCAGCAGUUCCCGUUCUACCGCCGCAGGGGCGUCGCCUGGCAGAACUCCAUCCGACACAACCUGUCGCUCAACGAGUGCUUCAAGAAGGUCCCACGCUGCAACAACGACCCCGCAGGUAAAGGAAGCUACUGGACUCUGGACCCCAACUGUGAGAAGGUCUUUGACAACGGAAACUUCCGGCGCCGCAGGAAGAGGAAGGCCUCAGCCGACAGGAAACCCUCUUCCUCCUCACCAGAACCUGACGCCAAAGAUCCCAGCAUGCACUGCAGCUUCCUGUGUCCCCUGCAGGACCCUCCUCCUCCUCCUCCUCCUCCUCCUCCUCCUCACGGCUCCUCUUCCUUGCAAUGUCUGCAGUUUCCGGAAGAAUCCUCGCCUCCUCCGGGGUCGUCCUGCUCGCCCGGCGCCGUGGUGCCGCGGUGGGACGCCUGCAGCUCCUCUCCUCCGCUCUACGCCCCCCCCACGGCACCUUCUUCCUCGCUGCCGCUCUACAUGGAGCUGCAGACGGCGUUCAGUCCAGAGACACCGUGGAUGCAGGAGGUCCGGGAGCUGCAGGAGGUUCAGGUCCAGAGUGAACGUCCGUUCACGCUCAGAUUUUCUGAUGUUCUGGACCUCCUCUCGUAAAAUAAAGACUGUUGUUUAAGAUAAACGACUUCUUAUUCGGCUGCACUUUUCUGUUGAAAGUGUUGGAAUGCUUCUAUUUAUCUUUUUUAAAAGAUUAUUUUUGUUUUAAAAUAUGCAAUAAUGGAAUGAAUUUGUUCAAAU